CGGGAUUCGUUUCAGUGAAGCUCACAUUAAAUAUAAGGUGAUCAUAUGAUGAUGUCGUAGUCAUUAGUAAUUGUAAUUUUAGCCAACCGCAGGAGCUGACAUUAUACACGUCGCCCGUGCACCGCCACCACUUACAGGUUGAGGUACAGAAGGAAGUAUCGGUCGUUUGACCUUUGACUGCUCUGGUGGCGAAUGACAAAUCGAAUGACAAAAAGGUUGGCAUUUCUCAGAGCGCAGCUGGGGUCCCCGCGCGGAUCUCAGGGGCUGAGGACGUCGGCAUUCCAGAGAUAAUGACAGCGAGCGCUCUGAAAGUUGGUCGAUAGCAGCGGAGGCUUCAAUAACGGAGGAGGGAGACGCAGCGGAAUCGGCUUGGUAUCAGCAGCAACCCUAGGAGGACCGAAGGCAGGCCCACUGCGGGAGAACGACUGCAGCACCAUGGACAGCUCAGGUCCUCCAUCUCCAGAUAUGGACGCAAACUAUGGCGGAGGCCUGCUGGACAUGGUGAAGGGCGGAGCCGGCAAAUUCUUCAGCAACUUCAAGGAUAACCUGAAGGACACUCUAAAGGACACCUCCACCAAAGUCAUGCACCAGGUGGCCACAUACACAAAAGGAGAGCUGGACAUUGCCUACAUCACAUCACGAAUCAUAGUGAUGUCAUAUCCUGCAGAGGCAUUGCAGAUCGGCAACCAGAACCAUGUGGAGGAUAUGCGCUCCUUUCUGGACUCACGGCACGCUGACCACUACACUGUCUUCAACCUGUCACAGCGCAACUACCGAGGCGCAAAGUUCUCCAACCGGGUCUCAGAGUGUAACUGGCCAUCCCGCCAGGCUCCCAGCCUGCACAACCUGUUUGCGGUGUGUAAGAACAUGCACAACUGGCUCAAACAGAACCCCAAGAAUGUGUGUGUCAUCACCUGCUCGGACGGCCGUGCUCCGUCGGGUGUGCUGGUCUGUGCCAUGUUCUGCUUCUGCCACCUCUUCUCCAACCCAGUGCCCGCCAUGCAGCUGCUCAGCGCCAAGAGACCCGGCUCUGGCCUCUGGCCCUCGCACCGGAGGUACAUAGGCUAUGUGUGCAGUAUGGUAUCAGAGAAGCCCUCCCUGCCACACUCCAAGCCCCUGGUGGUCAAGGCAGUCACCAUGAGUCCAGUACCUUGCUUCAACAAACAACGCAUUGGCUGCAGACCCUUCUCUGAGAUCCUCAUAGGGGAGACCAAGAUCUUCUCUACUGCACAGGACUAUGAGAGGAUGAGAGAGCACAGGGUCCAGGAGGGGAAGGUUGUCUUCCCUCUAGGUGUGAAUGUCCAGGGUGAUGUGGUCAUUUCUGUCUAUCAUAUGAGGAACACCAUCGGAGGACGACUGCAGGCCAAGGUGUCCAACACCCAGAUAUUCCAGAUCCAGUUCCACACAGGCUUCAUUGCUCCAGGGACCACUGUGUUAAAGUUUACGAAGCCGGAGCUGGAUGCGUGUGACUCUCCAGAGAAGUACCCUCAGUUGUUCCAUGUGUUGGUGGACAUCGAGGUGGAGAGCACUGACAAGCAGAAGGACCUGACCCCUCCCUGGGAACAGUUCCCUAAUAAAGACCUCAUCCCCAACGUACUGUUCUCCUGUCACCAGGAACACCAGGACGCACUGGCCAUAGCAGAGCCAAGCCGGUCCCAAGGCGGUCUGGACGGUCGUCCUCACGGGGAGGACAGCGAGCCGUCUGAUGACGAGAUGCUGUCCCUUUCCAGCCAGCAAAGCCACGCUAGCGGAGAGAGACCUGGAGGGGCUCAGACUGGUACCAGGGGCCCCAAGAGACCCGAGCAGCCCCACGUCCCCCCCGCUGCUCCUCCUCCUCCCCCAGAAGAGGUGGACCUCCUGGGCCUGGAUGGGGUGGCAGUGAACACCCCAUGCCCCUCGCCCCAGCCCCCGACCACCAACACAACCACGGACCUCCUGGGGGACCUGUUUGGGGCCUCCCCCCAGACAGGGAGUGGGCCCACUUCGGCCCAGUCCACCCCACAGAAAAUAGCGCCACCCUCCACCCUCCCCUGCCCCUAUCCAGCGUUGGACCCGUUUGGGGCGGGUCCGAUGCCCAAGCCCCAGGAGCUGAUGGGGUCCUUCCUGGGUUCAGCAGGCCACAGCUCCCCAGUCCCACACACCACCCCUGUAGUCACCAUUCAGCAGCCUCCCAACGCCAUGGGAGGAUGGGACUGGAACAAACCUGCAGCUCCAGGAGGUGGUUUCAGUAUGGGCAGCAAGUCAGCCAGUACCAGUCCUACUGGGUCGGUCAACAACACUCCCACACACCAGGCCAAACCCAACACUCUGGACCCCUUUGCUGACAUCGGAAACCUUGGGGGAAGUCUGGGAGGAGGAUCUGGGUUCUCCAGUAAGCCCACCACCCCUACAGGCACCACCCCUGCCUUCCCCCCCAUGGGCUCCCCCUCACGGCCUCCUCCCUCGCCCCAGCACGGUGGGGGCUGGCAGGCCAACACAGGCCUCCCCUCCUGGAAGCCCGGUGGUGGUGGUGUUGGAGGGCAGCCAGGGUGGCAGCCCCAACCCCAGGGUCAGGGUGGUCCAUCCCCCCAGGCCAAGCCCAGCACCAGCCACUCCAUGCCCCACACCUCCCCCUCCAACAGACCCAACUACAACAUCAGCUUCUCUGCCAUGGGAGGAGGAGCUACUCCCAAUGCAGCCGGGAAACAACAGCCCAACAUGGGUACCAAGCCCAAAGUUGCAAUGGCUAACUUUGAUGACCUGCUGUCUGGCCAAAGCUUUGCUGGAGCCAAAAAGAAGGAAGGUCCCAGGACAAUAGCAGAGAUGAGAAAGGAGGAGAUGGCUAAAGAGAUGGACCCUGAGAAACUCAAGAUUCUGGACUGGAUCGAGGGGAAGGAGCGUAACAUCCGGGCCCUGCUGUCCACCAUGCACACGGUGCUGUGGGAGGGGGAGACCCGCUGGAAGCCUGUAGGCAUGGCUGACCUGGUGACCCCAGAGCAGGUCAAGAAGGUCUACCGUAAAGCUGUGCUGGUGGUCCAUCCAGACAAGGCCACUGGACAGCCCUAUGAACAAUAUGCCAAGAUGAUUUUUAUGGAACUGAAUGAUGCCUGGUCAGAAUUUGACAGCCAAGGACAAAAAGCACUCUACUGAGCUGAGAGAGAGAAAGAGUUCCUGCCGACCCCCUGUGAUCAAUAAUCAAGCCCCCACCGGAUCUGACUCCCCACUCCUUCUCUUCUUGUCACUGUCCUGUGGACUCUACUCCAUAGAGACUUCAAUAGCCAGACUGACUGAAAGAUACCUGCCUACCCACCUACCUAUGUAUCUGGUGGCAGAACUGUCCAACUGUCCAACAAGAACUGUUCAACCCUGUCCUACAUGUCCGAGUCCUGAACCAAGCAAAGAGUCCUGAACCAAUUAAUGCAGUCAUCCAGCUGUCUAUGGAGACAUCGCCAGAGUGAUACUGUCCACCUAACACCUGACAUAGGUGAUAAUGACAUACCUGUGGUCACAGUGUUGUUAGCCAGGUGCUAUAUAGAGCAAGACGAUGCCAAUGUUUUACACACAGUAGCAUUAACACAGUGUUCCUGUCAGUCACCUGUCAAGACGAUGACAAUGUUUUACACACAGUAGCAUUACCACAGUGUUCCUGUCACAGUCACCUGUGUGACUUUUAAGUGAAGAUCUAGAGCCAGUGUUGGGAGUGGAUGGCCUAUUCAAUUAGGCACUGUACCACUGACUGUAAGGUCUAUACACCACAGUGAUCUCAGAAAUACCAUGUCAAAUCAUUUGUAUAGAGCGAUCUCACAGAGUUUCCACCUGAGUUGUCUAUCUUCAUGGAAAAGCUACUGUUAUCUAUGUCAUUUGAAUGACCAAUUUAGAUCAAUGAGUUGUCUAUCUUCAUGGAAAAGCUACUGUUAUCUAUGUCAUUUGAAUUACCAAUUUAGAUCAAUGUGCUUCCACAGAACUCCACAGGAGAGUUCUAGGAGACAACAAGACAAUUGCAAGCCAGGGGUAACAUGUUUACGUUCUGACAACAACCUGGAGACUCAACUUGACAUACAGAUAGUAGGUGAAGGUAGGCAGGAUAUUCGUUGUUGCACCACCACCUUUACUACCUACGGUGGUUGGUUCUUGUGUUUUCUUGCCCUCAGUCUCAGAAAGGUGCAAAAUGUCUUUAGCUUUAACACAGAGAGUAAACUCAGCUGCAGUCUAUUACCAGUCUUAAAGCUGGAAUCCACAUUAGGUGAAACAGCGCCACCGGUCGCCCCAGGCACAUUUGUUAUGAAAAGAGGAGAGGAGUUCAGAGAGAGAGAUAUCCAGCAUCUAGCAUCUUGGUUUUUAAAACUCUGCUGUUCUAUCGAGUGUGUAAUCAUGUCCGAGUGUGUAAUCAUGUCCGAGUGUGUAAUCAUGUCCGAGUGUGUAAUCAUGUCCGAGUGUGUAAUCAUGUCCGAGUGUGUAAUCAUGUUCGAGUGUGUAAUCAUGGCCGAGUGUGUAAUCAUGUCCGAGUGUGCAAUCAUGUCCGAGUGUGCAAUCAUGUCCGAGUGUGUAAUCAUGUCCGAGUGUGUAAUCAUGUCCGAGUGUGUAAUCAUGUCCGAGUGUGCAAUCAUGUCCGAGUGUGCAAUCAUGUCCGAGUGUGUAAUCAUGUCCGAGUGUGUAAUCAUGUCCGAGUGUGUAAUCAUGCCCGAGUGUGCAAUCAUGUCCGAGUGUGCAAUCAUGUCCGAGUGUGUAAUCAUGUCCGAGUGUGCAAUCAUGUCCGAGUGUGCAAUCAUGUCCGAGUGUGUAAUCAUGUCCGAGUGUGUAAUCAUGUCCGAGUGUGUAAUCAUGUCCGAGUGUGUAAUCAUGCCCGAGUGUGCAAUCAUGUCCGAGUGUGCAAUCAUGUCCGAGUGUGCAAUCAUGUCCGAGUGUGCAAUCAUGUCCGGGUGUGCAAUCAUGUCCGAGUGUGUAAUCAUGCCCGAGUGUGCAAUCAUGUCCGAGUGUGCAAUCAUGUCCGAGUGUGCAAUCAUGUCCGAGUGUGCAAUCAUGUCCGAGUGUGCAAUCAUGUCCGAGUGUGUAAUCAUGUCCGAGUGUGCAAUCAUGUCCGAAGUAACGUCUUUGUAAUAUCACAAACAGACAUGGCAGUUUGACCGCUAUGGAUUCCAGCUUUAAACAUACAGUACUCACUCAUCUUUACAGUCACUUGCUAGUGGGCGGCAGGUAGCCUUGCGGCUAAGCAUGUUGUGCUAGUAACCGGAAGGUUGCUGGUUCAGAUCCCCAAGCUGACUAGGUAAAAAAUCUGUUGAUGUGCCCUUGAGCAAGGCACUUAACCCUAAUUUAUCCUGUAAAUAUAGUGUCUACAGUCUGAAAGAACCCAUGUGUAAAGGAUAUUAUCCAUAUCAGAGAAAGUAUCCCCUAUCACACUGCUUUACUUAUCUAAGAACUAAACUGCUGAAGCUUCAUCAUUGUUAUGUGCAGUUUUACUUUGUAUUAUGUUCAUUUAUUGACUCAUUUCAGAUGAUUCAGUCCCUCCCAAUGAAGAAUCUUUCAUUUUAUUGCGGGUAGUGUUUAGUAACAUGCAGGUGGUGUAUUGUCUUAUUCAUCCUUUGCUGUAUCCUCUAAAGUGUUUACUUUUAAAUCAUGACAAAUAUUUGAAAUGAAAUUCUGAUUGAUCAAAGGCAACCAGUCAUUGAUGAGGGCUUUAAUAUUUACAUUAGUUUGAAGCAUAUCUUUUUUGCAUUCACUGACGGGGAGACCUAGUGGAAGGACUACAGGACUGACUUUAUAUUGCUACACAUGGAGGCACAUCAUUCCAUAACACAUUACUAUACUUGAGUGUAUUGGACCACUAUCAAGCUUGUGAGAUCCUAAUAUAGGCCCCCUCUAACCCUUAUCUGUGUAAAACAAUACAUUUGGUAGACUGGCACAUCUAUUUCAUCUGAUACAACCAUUUCCCUGUUUUAUCCCCUGCAUACUGAUGAUGUCAACCAGAGGAGGCUGGUGGGAAGAGCUAUAGGAGGACCAGCCUACUCUGUUGUCAACCCUUUCCUCUGUGAAAAGGCCACACCUGAGUUGUGGACUAACGUGAGCACUAACUGACCAGUAUAUAACUAAAGAGACUGUCUGUCCACUGUAUUCUCUGCUUUCUCUGGUGACUAUACCAAUGGCAGAAGCUGUGGCUGUGUAGUAUGUAUGUACUGUGUGUGUGUGUGUGUGUGUGUGUGUGUGUGUGUGUGUGUGUGUGUGUGUGAGAGAGAGAACCCCUAUAAACUCCCUAGCUGACUGAAAUCUCUAACUUAGGGCAAUGUUAAAACGUUAACCUCUCUCUAUAUAGUGGAUGAGUGUUGUUGAAACUGUUGUACGUGAGGAUGUGAUACGAUUUGGAUACAACUACUGUAUGUGUCUGCUUGUCGGCUGUAAAAGUAUUACUACUAAAAAUGUAAACCGUUUCUGUCAGUGGAGGCUGCUGAAGGGAGGAAGGCUCAUAACAAUGGCUGGAACGGAGCAAAUGGAAUGGUAUCAACCACAUGGAAACCAUGUGUUUGAUGUAUUUGAUACCAUUCCACUUAUUCCACUCCAACCAUUACCAUGAGCCUGUCCUCCCCAAUUAAGGUGCCACCAACCUCCUGUGGUUUCUGUGUUUCUCUUUGUGGGUUCUGUUUACCCUUGAUAAAGUGAUAAGUGCAAUGCACAAAUAAAUAGAGAAGAUGAAAGUCAGAAACAACAAACAAA